UCGGGUACGAGACGUUGGGUCGUUCCAUGUACGUAAACACUUUGUCUCCUGCCCGUGUUGGCAAGGCGGCGGCCAGGGCGGCUGUAAGUUGGAAAGUCUAAGUACUCUACACUAGAACAGACGUCGAGAUUUCGAUCAGCUAAUUAUCUCCAAUUGAUGUACGUACAUCCUACCUAUGUGUCCCCAAUGCUGUCUUGACGUCUGUCCUGUAUCGGCUUCCCCGCUUUCCAUAUCUCAUGUGGUGGCAUGGGGCUUCUUAUACAAAAUAAUAGCCACUUUACUUCCUCCCUGUUUUACUUCAUCAUUCCUUUCCUUUCUGGCCCAUUGAAGUGAGUGGCGUUUCCUCCUCUUCUCCGAAUCACCUGCAGGUAUCAGCUGAGGACCUUCAAUUCGCUAUUCCAAAUCUCACAAUCCACUUCACUUUGUAUUACUUCUUAAUCACAGGUUAGUCAGUGCGGACUUGAAGCUGGAUAUUGGGUGUAAGAAACCAUCUCAGACGAACACGCCAGCAUAACAAGUGACACCACAUGGCCUCCAGACUUCUUCGGAGCAGCUAUAGCGGCAGCCUACGUGCCGUUUCUACUGCUUCGACGGUUCGACCUGCGGCCGUUUCCGCAGUACACCAGUUCUCUAACCGUCGCCAGUUUACUGCCUCUAGCAGCAAGAUGGCAUCAUCAUUCUACAAGGACUGGGAGCCAGAGGGUCCCACGGUCAAGACCGAGAUUCCGGGCCCCAAAGCCAAGGAGGCCAUCAAGGAGCUUGAUGAGGUCUUUGACACUCGGAGCUUGAACAUGCUCACUGAUUACCAUAAGAGCGUGGGCAACUACAUUGCCGAUCCUGAUGGCAAUGUCUUGCUUGAUGUCUACGCUCAAAUUGCCUCCAUUCCCAUCGGCUACAACAACCCCGUCCUGCAAGACGCCGCCCGCAGUUCCGACAUGGUCAACAGCAUCAUCAACCGCCCCGCCCUCGGCAACUUCCCGCCCACCGACUGGGCCUCGGUGCUCAAGACGGGCAUCCUCAAGGUCGCGCCCAAGGGGCUCAACCAAGUCUUCACCGCCAUGGCCGGCUCCGACGCCAACGAAACCGCCUACAAAGCCGCCUUCAUGUGGCGCCGGCAAAAGGAGCGCGGCGGGCCCCAGGUGGAAUUCACCGCCGAAGAAAUGGAGUCCGCCAUGAUCAACCAAUCGCCCGGCGCUUCGUCCUUGUCCAUCCUCUCCUUCAAGUCCGCCUUUCACGGCCGCUUGUUCGGCUCGCUGUCGACCACCCGCUCCAAGCCCAUCCACAAGCUGGACAUCCCCGCUUUCGACUGGCCGCAGGCGACUUUCCCGCUGCUCAAGUACCCCCUCGAAGAGCACGCCGAAGAGAACGCGGCCGCCGAGCAGGCCGCGCUGGACGAGGUCGAGCACCUGAUCAAGAACUACCACAUCCCGCCCGCGGCGGUGAUCAUUGAGCCGAUCCAGUCCGAGGGCGGCGACAACCACGCCUCGCCCGCCUUCUUCCGGGGUCUGCGCGCCAUCACCAAGAAGCACGGCGUCCUGCUGAUCGUGGACGAAGUCCAGACGGGCGUCGGCGCCACAGGAAAGUUCUGGGCGCACGAGCACUGGGACCUGCAAGACCCUCCCGACAUGGUGACCUUUUCCAAGAAGGCGCAGACGGCCGGUUACUACUUUGGCAACCCGGAGCUGCGGCCCAACAAGCCUUAUAGGCAGUUCAACACGUGGAUGGGCGACCCGGCCAGGGCUUUGCUCUUCAAGGCCAUCAUUGGCGAGAUUGAACGGUUGGGACUAGUGGAGCAUACGGCUCGCGUGGGUGACUAUCUGUAUGGCAAGCUGGAAGGACUGGCGCAGAAGUAUCCGGGCCAGUUUGCGAAUCUGAGAGGCAAAGGACAGGGAACGUUCAUUGCGUUUGAUAACCCGCGCAGAGACGAGUUUCUGGCGAGGGCGAAGAAGUUUGGGGUGAAUAUUGGCGGCAGUGGACAGAGCGCGGUUAGGUUGAGGCCCAUGUUGAUUUUCGAGGAGAAGCAUGCGGAUAUCUUGGUGGAUGCUUUGGAGAAGAUUGUCAAGUCGUUUCAAUAAAUGAUGAGGGAGUGAUGGUCAUGACUGAUGGGACUUGAGGGGCUUGUAUGAUGUGCGCCGGAAAACAGAAUGGCAGGAGGAAUCCCAUUUCCCGGAGCGGGAGUUUGGAAAAGAAAUCGAAUUGACCAAUCAUCUCUGUGCACAUUUGGUAUAAUGGAAAUGAUGAGCAUGACUCCCUUCGACGAUAUGCUUCAAACAUCAUCAUGCGAUCAACAUCCACAUAUGCCAUGGAUGUCUUCUCGUCGUGAAAGAAGAGGAUAACUCUGUGUCGUGAAAGCGCGAAGGCUCAUCUAUAAUAUACAUAUUCAUACGACAAUGCCUGCAUUAACUCAUAAACGCUAUCCUACAUAAGAUACAAAC